CAGUGAAAAGGCUGUUGCAUCUGGUCUUAAAAGAACUCCUCAACUGAAAAUAUGAAGAAGCAAGCUUCAGAGAGCAACUCUGCUCCAGUUUUGCCAGCGCUGCCAGAACCACUCAAAGAUCUGAAAAUUAAGUACACCAAGAUAUUUAUAAACAACGAGUGGCAUGAUUCCAUCAGUGGCAAAAAAUUUGAAGUUUUUAACCCUGCAAAUGAAGAGAAAAUCUGUGAAGUUGAAGAAGGCGACAAGGCAGAUGUAGACAAGGCUGUUAAAGCUGCUAGAAAAGCUUUUGAACUUGGGUCACCCUGGCGUACAAUGGAUGCUUCAGAGAGAGGAAGGCUCUUGUAUAAACUAGCCGACUUAGUUGAACGAGAUCGUCUGAUUUUAGCUACAAUGGAAGCCAUCAAUGGUGGGAAGCUCUUUUCCAAUGCCUACCUAAUGGAUUUAGGUGCCUGCAUCAAAACAUUACGCUACUGCGCAGGUUGGGCUGAUAAAAACCAUGGGCGCACUGUUCCAAUGGAUGGAGACUUUUUUUCAUUUACAAGACAUGAGCCUAUUGGUGUGUGUGGCCAAAUUAUUCCCUGGAACUUCCCAUUGAUUAUGUUCAUCUGGAAGAUCGCCCCUGCCCUUGCCUGUGGAAACACUGUAGUUGUUAAGCCAGCAGAACAAACUCCACUGACUGCCCUUCACAUGGCAUCUUUAAUUAUAGAGGCAGGAUUUCCACCUGGAGUUGUAAACAUUGUGCCAGGCUUUGGACCCACUGCUGGAGCAGCAAUUUCUCACCACAUGGAUGUAGAUAAAGUAGCCUUCACAGGCUCAACACAGGUUGGCAAGCUGAUUAAAGAAGCAGCAGGGAAAAGCAAUCUGAAGAGAGUUACACUGGAACUUGGAGGAAAAAGUCCUAACAUUAUAUUCGCGGACGCAGACUUGGAUACUGCUGUGGAAUUUGCACAUAUCGGUCUGUUCUACCACCAGGGACAAUGUUGCACAGCGGGAUCUAGGAUUUUUGUGGAAGAGCCUAUUUAUGAUGAGUUUGUUCGCAGAAGUGUUGAAAGAGUGAAAAAGUAUACUCUUGGGAAUCCUCUGCUGCCUGGUGUACAGCAAGGCCCCCAGAUUGAUAAGGAACAGCAUCAAAAAAUCCUGGAGCUAAUUGAGAGUGGGAAAAAAGAAGGAGCCAAACUGGAAUGUGGAGGAGGUCCUUGGGGAGACAAAGGUUACUUCAUCCAGCCGACAGUUUUUUCUAAUGUUACGGAUGACAUGCGCAUUGCCAAAGAAGAGAUAUUUGGACCUGUUCAGCAAAUCAUGAAGUUUAAAACUAUAGAUGAAGUUAUCAAGAGGGCAAAUAAUACCACCUAUGGCUUAGCAGCAGGAGUUUUUACCAAAGACAUUGACAAAGCACUGACAUUUGCAGCUGCACUUCGGGCUGGAACAGUCUGGGUUAAUUGUUAUAGUGCAGUAUCUCCUCAGUGUCCUUUUGGAGGAUUUAAGAUGUCGGGAAUCGGGCGAGAAUUGGGAGAAUAUAGCCUUCAUGAAUACACAGAAGUUAAGACCGUCACAAUCAAAAUCCCACAGAAGAACUCAUAAUGCUCCUUGAGGUACAGAAUGUAGCAUCUUCAAGUGAAUCUGUAAUGGCUACCUGGAUUCUGAAAAGUUUUACAUCCAGAAUUAUUACACUUUUUUUCUUUCUGCUCAUGUAAGACAUACCUGCUUACAGUAACAAUAUAAAGUAGAAAAUGUUAAUAUGAUUAAUUGAGAAAAGGAAACUUUGAUGUCUAAUGCAUAACUAAUUUUUAAGCAAUUUUCAGUGGCAUGUCUCUGUAGUGAUAGAAGGAUGUUACUUUUGCAACAUAUUCUACAGCUGUAGUUUGAAUUUGUAUGCUCUAAGUGUUACAUAGCAUGCUGUAUUUGCAUUUUCUUUCUUUAUGGCCUUAGCAGAAGCACUUGUGAGUAAUUAGGGGAUACAUACCUUUCUGUGUCUUUCAGAGGUAAUAAACUCCUUCUAGAUGUAUUUCUUGUGCUACUGAAUAUGUUCAUCAUACCACAUAAAUGCAAUCCCAAUAUCAUUAAACAAUAUUAAAAUUCAA